UUAUCGCGCCACUGGUUUCAACUCUCCCGGGUGCGGUCAUGCUGCAGGGCAGCAUGGUUGGGUUCCUCCGGCUGCUGAGAUCAACCAUGGAAGUGCCGCCCAAGCGCCUGUCUCCUACCCAAGCGGGCUGGCUCGAGCGCUCCUUCGUCGCUGAAUCGGCAGGCGGCGAUGUGGAUUAUUUCGCCCUGAGCAGCGCCGGUGGGGACUCUGCCAACCGCGCGCGGCCCCGAUGCUUUUUGCCGCCUCCGGGCAGAAGCUAUUCUUUUGGCAUCCCCGCGGCGCCAGCCCCGCGGGAGCGCGUCAGAGCGGCCAGGCUGCACAGAGCUGUGCAGUGCCGACUCAAGCGGGCGCCUUGGGGGGCUCGGGGCAGAGUCCUGCCGCUCCUCACUUACAGCCCUCACGGAGCAGUGCUGGAGAAAGGCUUCCUAGUUCAGGACGAGCAGGGGCUGCCGGAGACCCAGGCCUUCUUGGAACAGCUGCUGAGCUUCCUGCUCCCAGCGCCAGCCCACCUUUCUGUGUACGAGGAGGCCAAAAGCGGCGGGCUCUGCUGUGCCUUGUGGCGCCUUAAGGGGGCAGGACAGGAUAAAGAGCUGCUUAGUAGAGCACAGGUCGUGGCCGCUGAAGAACCGGAAUUCCAUCCUGCCGUUGCUCACCUUCUCGGCAAUACCGUGUUCAGAUCCUGGGAAGCUGCCCGCGAAGUGCUAGAGGAAUGCACUUCAAUAAUUCCUGAAGCCGGAUUGAUUCUAGAACUUGUGGAUAAGUGUCCUAAGCAUCCAAAGAAAGGGAAUUUUCCCGUAAUAGUUAUUGAAGGGCUGGAUGCAACGGGCAAAACAACAGUAACUCAUCUUUUGAAAGAUUCACUGAAUGCUGUGCUCUUGAGGACUCCUCCAUCUUGUGUUAGCCAGUGGCGGAAGAUUUUUGAUGAUGAACCACCACUCAUACGGAGAGCAUUCUAUGCACUGACUAACUACAUUGUGGCUUCUGAAAUAGCUCACGAAUCCGCUAAGUCACUGGUGAUUGUAGACAGAUACUGGCAUAGCACUGCAGCAUAUGCAAUUGCAGCGGAAAUACCUGGGAAAGUGCAGAAUCUCCCUCCAUCUCAUCAUCUGGUGUAUCACUGGCCUGAUGACCUUCUGAGCCCAGACAUUGUCUUGCUGUUAACUGUUAGUCCUGAAGAAAGAGUCCGGAGGUUACAGGGACGUGGGAUGGAGAAGACAAAAGAAGAGGUUGAGUUGGCAGCAAAUGAUUCCUUCCGUCUAAAAGUUGAAGAGUCUUACAGAAGAAUGAAAAAUCCAACAUGUCAAAUCCUUGAUGCCAGUCCUUCUAAAGAAGAUGUGGCUAAAGCUGCUCUACAUCUGAUUAAAAGUCAGUGCCGUUUUCUAUAGC